AAUGACUCAAGCGAAGGACGGAGGUGAGAAUAACAGGGAUCCUCGGCAGUAGCGGUCCUGUUAGUAUUAAGGGAAAUAAUCGCAAUGGGCAGCACCGACUCAAAGCUGAACUUCAGGAAAGCAGUGAUUCAGCUGACAACCAAAACACAGCCAGUGGAAGCCACGGACGAUGCCUUCUGGGACCAGUUCUGGGCAGACACCACCACUACGGUCCAGGAUGUUUUUGCACUGGUGCCAGCUGCAGAGAUAAGAGCUGUUCGAGAGGAGUCCCCCUCCAAUUUAGCAACUCUCUGCUAUAAGGCGGUGGAGAAGCUGGUGCAGGGUGCGGAGUCUGGUUGCCCCACGGAGAGGGAGAAGCAGGUGAUCCUGAACUGCACCUGCAUCCUGAGCCGCAUCCUCCCUUACAUAUUUGAAGACCAGGACUGGAGAGGAUUCUUCUGGUCGACGGUGCCCGGUGCUGGCCGGGCUGGGACAGAUGAGCUGGAUGAUGAUGAAGGAGCUCGACCCCUGGCCGAGUCGCUGCUCCUGGCUAUCGCUGACCUCCUCUUCUGCCCCGACUUCACCGUGCACAGCCAUAGGAGAGGCCCGGACUCGGUGGAGAACAUGCAGUCUAUAGACAGCUGUGAAUACAUCUGGGAGGCCGGGGUGGGCUUUGCACAGUCCCCCCCCCUCAACUACAUCCACGAUCUGAAUAGGACAGAGUUGCUGAGGCUGCUACUAACCUGCUUCUCUGAGGCCAUGUACCUGCCUUCUUCAACGGACAACACUGUCCUCAACCCUUGGGUGACAUUCUUCUGCUCCACAGAGAAUAGACACGCUCUUCCUCUGUUCACCUCUCUGCUGAAUGUGGUGUGUGCCUAUGAUCCAGUGGGCUACGGCAUCCCAUACAACCACCUGCUCUUCUCCGACUACCGGGAGCAGCUCGUGGAGCAAGCAGUACAGAUCCUCAUUGUGACGCUGGAGCAUGAUGGAGGGGUUCCCCACCGGCCCCCCUCGCCAUCCAGCUUAGAGGAACACGAGUCUGCAGGCCCUGAAAACCUGUUUGUGAAUUAUUUGUCAAGGAUCCACAGAGAGGAGGACUUUGACUUUGUACUGAAGGGCCUAGCUCGCCUGCUGACCAACCCUUUGACUCAGACGUACCUGCCUAACUCUACCAAGAAGAUCCAGUUCCACCAAGAACUGUUGGUGCUUUUCUGGAAGCUUUGUGACUUCAACAAGAAGUUCCUGUUUUUUGUCCUGAAGAGCAGCGACGUGCUGGAUAUUCUGGUUCCUAUACUCUUCUACCUGAAUGACGCCCGGGCUGACCAGUCCCGUGUUGGACUCAUGCACAUUGGCGUGUUCAUUUUGCUGCUGCUGAGCGGGGAGAGAAACUUUGGCGUGCGCUUGAAUAAGCCCUACUCCGUCCAUGUGCCCAUGGACAUCCCAGUGUUCACGGGGACGCAUGCAGACCUGCUGAUAGUGGUGUUUCACAAGAUUAUCACCACAGGCCACCAGCGUCUCCAGCCUCUGUUUGACUGCCUCCUCACGAUUGUUGUAAACGUGUCUCCCUAUUUGAAGAGCCUGUCCAUGGUGGCAGCCAAUAAGCUGCUCCACCUGCUGGAGGCGUUCUCCACUAGCUGGUUCCUGUUCUCUGUCGCCCAGAACCAUCACCUCGUGUUCUUCCUUCUCGAGGCUUUCAACAAUAUUAUCCAAUAUCAAUUUGACGGAAACUGCAACCUGGUGUAUGCAAUCAUACGCAAACGCAACGUGUUCCACCAGUUGGCCAACCUGCCCUCUGACCCUGCUGCCAUCCAGAAGGCUUUGCAGAGGAAGAGGAAGUCUCCGGAUGUCAUUUCCCGCACCGGCUCGCAGGAGACUGUAUCCAUGGAGGGCUCUCACCCUGCUGUACCGGCAGAGCCCGGUACACUGAAGACCAGUCUGGUCGCGAUACCGGGCAUUGAAAAACUGACUGAGAAGUCCCAGGUGUCAGAGGAUGGCACCAUGGUGUCGGUUCCCAAGACAGGCCGCUCACAGACCGCCCAGUCAGACCAACAUGCAGUCGUUGGGACCAGUGACACGGAGUCGAACUCAGGCCGAGACAACGAAGAUGUUUUCUACACCGAAGCAGAAAUGGAGAGAAGACCUUUGUCAAGCGCGUCUUCAACAUCAUUUUGGGCUCCCACACCAGAAUGGGCCCUCUCCUGGAAGUGUAAACUACCCCUACAGACUAUCAUGCGACUUUUGCAAGUUCUAGUUCCCCAGGUGGAAAAGAUCUGCAUUGACAAGGGUCUAACAGAUGAAUCAGAGAUCCUGAAGUUUCUCCAGCAUGGCACAUUAGUGGGCCUGCUGCCGGUUCCUCACCCAAUCCUCAUCAGAAAGUAUCAGGCCAACGCAGGCACCGCCAUGUGGUUCCGUACCUACAUGUGGGGCGUCGUCUAUUUGCGCAAUGUGGACCCUCCCAUCUGGUACGACACUGACGUUCGCCUUUUUGAGAUCCAGAAGAUGUAGACGGAAGACUAAAGAUGGGACUAUUCAACAGGGUUUCUCCUUCCUUCAGUAUCUGCUGGUUUCCCAGUCAACCUCACUGUGUUUAAAUAAUCAUCAUCAGUGCGUACACCACCUACCUGGGUAGGAGAGUCAUUCAGAUGGUUGCGGUAGAGAAAUGUCCAGAUUAAGAUGGCGGAUGAUUGAAUUAUAACAAUUUAUAUCCAUAAAUAAUGGUAUUUGUACAUUUAAGACCUCAAGACCAUAGAAUUUCUGGAGCGUUUUCUGAAGGACGAAGCUUUUUUUCUUGGCGGAAAGGAGGAGUGAAAGUGAAGUGAAAGAGGAAACAUUGUUAAACUUUGCAGCCAGACUCGUUAUAGAAGAUAUGGUGCUUUCCAACAGAGGCUUGUGACAUGUCCUGGAUGGCACAAUAUUGGUGUUAUACGUUAUUUGUUGUACUUGCCAUGCUUUAAAGUGCACUCUCGAGUUGUGAUUAUGGUUGUAGUUUAUGUGACUACAGGUUUUUGGAGACAAUACAGAUUGUAUGUUUUUAUGUAUAUGACCAGGUCUAAGUUUGGACCUGGCUGGCUCUGCUUAAUGUUGGAAAUUGUAUUUUACGUAAAUUAUCCUGAAUAAUAUAUAUAUAUAUAUAUAUGCAUCUGUGAAUGCUGUGUUGGUCACACUCUUUAAAGCAAUACAUAUGGUUUAUAUGUGUAUACAGUCACCAUUUACUCUUUGUGCACCAUGUGGCUCCUCAGCAAAACUAUGAGUCAAGAUAAAUCAACCAUCAAUACCAAGCAUCCAUAUGAAGUGUAGAGCUUAUAGGGCAUUUUACUUUGUCCAUCGGUUGCAUGUAAUUUGGCCACAACAUGCUGCAUACGCAAUGGCCACUAGGUGUCACCAUGUUCCUCUCUAGUGAGCAAUAACUAGAUAGAGAUACUGCUUUGGAUGCUUUUUGAGCAUCCAAUUGCAGCGUUGCUUAUGUCCAGUUUGUUUUUGUCAUUAAACCAUUACAAUUUUAAUUUUUUUAUGGUUUACCACCAAUCUAGGAUAUCCGGAGAGGGGUGGUGGAGACAGACAGAGACACAAAGGCAAAUGUAAUAGCUUGAUGUACCACAGAAUGAAACUCUUAUAAAAAUAUGGGAAUUUAAAUAUUUGCCAACUAAGUAACGCAUUUCCUUUUAUGUAAACAUUUAUUAAUAUUACAAGUUCAAUUGAAACAUUUAAUAAAGCAAAAUACAUCAUAAAAUGACACAAUCGUGUU